AUGACGGCCUGGGGUGAGCCCACCUUGUGCCGGGAGGUCACUCUGUCACAGGAGGGACCCUCGGCACGGUGUCCCGCUUGCCGAUUCCCUGGACCACACUGCGCACUGGCCGAGGGGCUGGGGCUCUGCUCGGGGCUGUCGGCUGCUGAUACCCUUGCUGUGAGGCAGAAGAGAAGGAUCUAUGAUAUCACCAAUGUUUUGGAGGGGAUUGAUCUCAUUGAAAAGAAGUCAAAAAACAGCAUUCAGUGGAAAGGUGUAGGUGCUGGCUGCAAUACAAAAGAAGUCAUAGACAGGCUGAGGUAUCUGGAAGCUGAAAUUGAAGAUCUAGAGCUAAAAGAAAAAGAAUUGGAUCAGCAGAAACUGUGGCUUCAGCAAAGUAUCAAGAAUGUCAUGGAUGAUUCUACAAAUUACCAGUUUUCAUAUGUCACGCAUGAAGAUAUUUGCAACUGCUUCAAUGGAGACACACUUCUAGCAAUUCAAGCACCUUGUGGUACACAGUUAGAAGUACCUAUACCCGAAAUGGGACAGAAUGGACAGAAAAAGUACCAGAUCAAUCUUAAAAGUAGUUCAGGACCUAUCCAUGUGCUGCUUAUAAAUAAAGACUCAAGCUCCUCCAAGCCCAUGGUGUUUCCAGUUCCUCCCCCUGAUGACCUUGCACAGCCCCCAUCUCAACCUGCAGCUCCAGUGACUCCCCUUAAACCUGCUACAGCUCCACAAAAUCCACCAGAACAUGACCUGAACCAAGGACAAGAGCUGCCACAAACAUCAGUUGCAGACACGCCAUCAGAUGCUUCUCCAGAAUGCAAUGGCAGUGUGCAGCAGGACAGUACAAUCCCAGCAGCUCCUUACUCCAGCCUUCAAGAGUCGGUGUUGUACCCCAGCCUUUCAGGAGAUGUCGCCCAAGCUACAGCUAGCUCCAAUGACUACCAGGGCUUGCUGCCCCUGGAUGUUAACUGUAUUCUCAAGCCAAACUCAUUCGACAUGGCAAAGAUGGAGGAGCCUGCAGGAAAUAUCGGUGGGGAUAUUAUUGAUGAACUCAUGUCUUCUGACGUUUUUCCUCUCUUACGACUCUCUCCUACUCCCGGAGAUGACUACAACUUUAACCUGGAUGAUAAUGAAGGAGUCUGUGAUCUCUUUGAUGUGCAGAUACUAAAUUAUUAGAUACUGUGUCAACCAGACUACUUAUCUACCUCUAACUAUAACAUUCUAGACUUCUUCAUAACCUAAGUAUUUGAAUAAUGAAUGUAUAACUUCUUAGUUCACUGACUCUGGGAGUAUAAUUCCUUUUGCUUCCUUUAACUACUUCACAAAACAAAUUCAACAACCAGAAAAAAGGGCUUUUAUCAAAAAUCCUGGCACGUUUUUCCACCUGAGUGUCCUCUGUGUAAUCCAAUUAUUUGGAGUUUUCUUUAGUAAGAAAAGCAAAAAUGCUUUAUAGCCUUUUGAUAAUUUUUUAAAAAAUGGUUAGGCUUCUUGUUCACAGUUAACAGCAUUUUCUUUGAAGCUUUACUGCCGAGAAGCUUUCUAUUUUUUUUUAACCUUUCAAUAGAUUUUGAAGCUUUCACUGCCAACCUGAAAAGUGAAGGAUAUCAACUUGGGUUAGUUAAAUUGUUUCAGUGAACCUAUUUUGUGAAGUGCCUUCUGUUUUAGCACUUUAAGUUUCUCACACUGACUUCUGACAUUCCACUUUCCUAGAUGAUAGGAAAGGUCUGUUUGUAGUUUGUAUUAAAGUGUGCCAAUACUUGUAUAUUAACAAAUUUUUUUUUUAAUAAAAUUGUACAAACAAA